ACGCCAUAGUAACGUUACGGAUCCGUUGGCUGAGGUUCGGUUCCGAACCUAUCAAAAGCCCCAUAGACCAAAAGCAAAUUGAGAGAAGGUUAUUUUCUAUAGAGCAGUGCUUGGUUAGAGACAGUCUUCUCUCUAGUCUGAUUGAAGAACCAGGAAACAAUUGAAAAAGAUUGGGUUUUUGAUAUGGAGGAUUCAAUAAGGGGUGGGACACAUGAUUUUACAAUGGCAUCAAGGAAAGCUGAAGAAACAGCCUGGAGGCGAUUCCAAGCUAUCCAGUGGCUGGAAAGUUUAUUGGGUCCGCUCAGGAUAUCCAACCAGCCAUCCGAGAGAGAGUUCAUUUCUUUCCUUAGAAAUGGUCUGGUUCUGUGCAAUGCCAUCAACAAGAUUCAUCCAGGAGCUGUGCCCAAGGUUGUGGAGAAUCCAUCACCUUUACAAUCACUCACCUGGGAAAAUCAACCCUUGCCUGCUUAUCAAUACUUCGAAAAUGUCCGCAACUUUCUUGUUGCUGUAGAAGAUUUGAAGAUUCCUGCUUUUGAAGCUUCUGAUCUGGAAAGGGAUACAUUAGAGGCAGGGUCAGGGGCAAAAGUUGUUGAUUGCAUUUUAGCUCUUAAAUCUUAUCACGAAGGGAAGCAGAUAAGCAACGGGAAUGGAUUUUACAAAUUUGCGAAGUCUCCUCUAGUUAUGCAUUCUGCCAAUAGAAUGCACUCGAGGCCCUCAUCGGACUCCUGUAAGCGUUUGGAUAUGUCUGUUUCAUGUGAGAGACAACCACCUUUAGAGGGUGAAAAUCAGAAACUUGAAGAGCAUUUUGUAGAAUCCAUGGUCAAGUUACUUGCUGAACGUAUUGUUGACGCAAAGGAAAACAUUAAUGGAAACCUUCUUGCUUCCUUCCGUAAUGGAGAUCUGCUUCAGUCAGUGUUAAAAGAUUGUUUGAAAGGACGAAGUGUUGUUACUUCUCCUCAAUCGACAUUGGAGCCCCUAGAGGAUUUAUCUGCACUUCAAAACACCAAGCGCUGCAAAGCUUGCUUGAGAAAGGGUAACUGUCAAUGCCAUCACAAUGACCUAUUUAAAACGCAAGAAAAAGAGCUUCUGGAUCUCAAGGUUUUGCUGAUGGAAACCAAAAAGGAGUUUGAAGGCCUACAAUCUCAGCUGCAGAGAGAUCUGAAGGAUCUGGGAACUCAAGUACAAGAGCUGUCUACUGCUGCUCUUUCGUAUCACAGGGUAGCUCAAGAGAAUAGGAAUUUGUACAACAUGGUUCAGGAUUUGAAAGGUAAUAUUCGAGUUUACUGCAGAAUUAGGCCCUCCUUUGUUGCUGAAGCCAUAAACGUGAUAGAUUUUGUUGGAGAGGAUGGUUCAUUGGUGCUCCUAGACCCGUCGAAACCCCACAAGGAUGGAAGGAAAGUUUUUAAUUUUAACAGGGUUUUUGGACCUACUGCUACCCAAGAUGAGGUUUUCAAGGACACUCAACCAUUGAUUAGGUCUGUGAUGGAUGGUUACAAUGUUUGCAUAUUUGCUUAUGGUCAAACUGGGUCUGGAAAAACACAUACCAUGAGUGGUCCGUCAUGUGGCACAACUAAGGACAUGGGCAUCAAUUAUCUAGCUCUCAAUGAUCUUUUCCAGAUUUCUAACGGAAGAAAGGACAUCAUAACUUAUGAUAUUCAUGUUCAAAUGGUUGAAAUAUAUAAUGAGCAAGUUCGAGAUCUUCUGGCAGAAGAUUCAUCAAUUGUCAAAUUAGAGAUCCGUAGCUGCACCAGUGACAGUGGCUUGAGUCUUCCAGAUGCCACUAUGCAUUCUGUUAAGUCUACCACUGAUGUUCUCAACAUUAUGAAGCUCGGUGAGGUGAAUCGUGUUGUCAGUUCCACUGCAGUGAACAACCGUAGUAGCCGUUCCCAUAGUGUUCUAACAGUACAUGUGCAUGGCAAAGAUGCAUCUGGUGGCAAGCUCCGCAGUUGUCUUCAUUUGGUCGAUCUGGCUGGAAGUGAACGAGUGGACAAAUCUGAAGUUACAGGAGAGCGGCUCAAGGAGGCACAGUAUAUAAAUAAGUCUCUUUCUUGUCUGGGAGAUGUAAUCACAGCCUUGGCUCAGAAGAAUUCUCACAUUCCCUACAGAAAUAGCAAAUUAACUCUUCUCUUGCAAGACUCCUUAGGUGGACAUGCUAAAACAUUAAUGUUUGCUCACGUGAGUCCAGAAGAAGACUCUUUUGGUGAAACUGUUAGCACUUUGAAAUUUGCUCAGAGGGUUUCAACCGUUGAACUUGGUGCUUCUCAUUCGAACAAGGAAAGCAGUGAGGUUAUGCGACUGAAAGAACAGAUUGAGAGCCUUAAAAAGGCACUGGCAAAUAAGGAAGCUCAGAGUGUACAGUUCAAUAAAACAUGUGAGAAACCAAGAGCACUAAUUGAGAGAACUCCUCCACGUCCUAGAAGAUUGAGCAUCGAGAACUGUGGCACUACAAAGAAUGUGAAGCCGAUGAAUCUUGAAGACAAGAAGGGAUCAAAAACCCCUACCUUACCCAAUCGUUCAAGAAGAUUGAGCUUAGAAGGUCCAAGAUCUGUGAAGAAGGAUAAUUCUCAUCAGAUAAAUGUAUCAGACGAUGUGGCAAAGUCAUUUGGAAACUUGGACAAUGGAAUUUACAUGCUAGCCAAGGCUCCUCGAAGUCCUACUAGUGCUAGCUACCAGAGGAGAAUUAUAAAAACAGAUGCAGAAGCUGUAAUAAAGCCAUUUGGAAACUUGGACAAUGGAAGUUCCAUGUUAGCCAAGGACCCUCGAAGUCCCACUAGCGCUACCUAUCAGAAGAGAGUAACGAAAACAGAAAGUAGAACAAGAAUACCUUCUCUUCAACUACCAAAAACACCUGAACCACAAAUACGGGCGAAAAAUGAGGUUCAUAUGCAUAAUGAGCUCACUCUCUCUAUAGACAACCUCACACCAUAUGCUAUUAACAGCACAAAUGGAAAAGGAUCUCAUAUAAGAAGAUCCCUUCGCACCAUUGGAAAACUGAUCAAUGGCUCUGAGAAGAGGAACCAACAGAGUUUGAUGGAUGCACAAUCAAACAUAAAAGGUGCAAGCAAUGCCAAUGAUGUGAAAUCUCCGGUUACAACGAGUGCGAGGUCACUAAGGAGGCAAUCACUAACUGGCAUUCAAACAUCAGACAGGUCCAGGAGAUCCUCUCUUGGAGGGAAGCCAGAUGAGAAUAUUAGUACUAAAGACACUAGAAAUGCCACGACACCUCCUCCAAUGCACACAUCAACAAAGCUGACUAAGCGGUGGCUAUAGAGCAAUGUCACUAAGACAACCAUAAUUGUGCUUUGACUCGAAGCAAAUUGACUUGCUCACUCCAAUUGCACAAAGAAGACAUUUCCUGACAACUCUUAACAAUCUUAGAGCAAUUAUCUUUGUAAUUACAAUACCAAAUUAGGGUCCAUAUUAAUUUCUUUAGUUUAA